GGAAAACCUUACGGGAGAAGGAACAGCUCGUCCUAGUAGAUGGAAUGAUGUGAUGGCACAAAGUUGACAAGCAAGCGCUGAUUUGAAGCCGCAGAGUGGUAAGAAGAGGCAGCAGGGGUGCAUAACUCAUCGCUGCUUCCAGAUCUCUCAUCUGUGUGUCGUGCUGUGUAGUAGUUGGUUCCCCUUCGUUCCUCCCCAUGUCGGCGGACGAAUUUAUGUUCAUCGACGAAGAGCCCUCAAUUGGUGUCCGCGACAUCCAACCGGAGCAACACAACCACUGGCAUGCCGACCGGCAGAUGCGACCACCGCCUACCCAGCCCUCACUCACGUUGGACAAGGGGCGUGUUCAUUUGGAGAAAAUUGGAGGACAAGACGCCAUUCGGCCUGAUCAGUCGACAGAAGAGCGUCACGCCGUGGACGAAGGAGAGCAGGGGGACAGCGGGAAGGGCGACGACCCUGCGGCGGGCGGGCAGAGGCCUCACGUGGAUGGCUCAGUGGUCGACGGGGAAGACGUGAGCAUCGACAAAUCCGCCGUCGCCACUCCGCCGUUCGCACUGUCGGAUGCCAUCGCGAGGUGGAAGUCCACGUUAACGCCCACUCAGGGCGCAGCCCGGCCCCAGUCCCCCGCCAAAGGGCCUUCCAACGACCCCACGGCCACGCCCACGCCCUCCAAGCACGCGCACGGCCACUCACCAGGUGUGGAUCAGGACACGGCGGCCGGGCGCUCUUUGGCUGUCGCACCACAGCACGCGUCGUGCCGUGAACGGCCACUCAAACGUCGACUGUCGCCACAGCAGGAUGGUGAUAGCGAGGCUGACGCCUCAGGGAAGGAGGCCAAGAGGGAUGGCAGCAGCAAGGUGUGGCUCAAGAGCAUAGAAGAGGCCACAGUGGGGUGCUUCGCGUCUGGCUGUGGUUUGCGGCGUGAGUUGAGGGCUGUGGUGGCGGUGCUGAUGCGGGACUACUGGACACAUUGCAACAAUGUGUUGCGGGUGGAGCCGCAGAUAGCGGGUAUGGGUCUGAUGCAGCCGGACGAGAGGGAGGCGAUGGGCAAGCAGUUGACUGACUUUCGGGAGCAAGGUAUAUGAAGCUCCACAUCACCAGCGAAACCCACACACGUGAUUGACAACCCAUGCAUGCUGUUUGGUUGCAGGUCGUAUGCAUCAUGUGAAUGCACUGGCCGGCGCCCUUUACACCCUCAUUCCCCCACUCCUGGCCAGGCCCGCACUCUUGACGCUCCUCUCCCUCCCCCCCGAUGAGCACGCCGAGUGCGUCAAGAUCAUCGCGGCCGACAUACUCGAGAGCCGGCUGGUGCCUCAGGGGGUCGACACGACACUCACCCGCACAGAGCAUUGCGCUGAUGCGUUCCGCGAGGGCGUCUUGUCUUCGCGCUUUGUGGUCGAGCGGGCGACGUUCCUAUCGUCCAUGCCUCCCUUCGGUGUGUUCGACGUCGACGAGCGGUUGAGGGCGCUGAGAGGCACCGACACACCUGAAGGUGCGAAGGGACGGGAGUGGCAAUGUCAGUGGAGCGCAGCGACUGCCUUGUUCUCUCUGUGCGUGAUGUCUGUUCAGGUGACAGCCGUGCACCCGAGGAGGCCGUUCCAAUGCCACAAGAUGACAGCCACCAGCGGUUCAACGAGGCGGCGGAGGCCACAUCGCCAGUGGCCACACAAACUGCAGCAGAACUUACCAUCCUUCCCCUGCCCUGCCGGGGGUGGCAGUUUGUCCCCGGCAGCAACAGCAAGGCGACGGGCGACGCGAGCACGACCUGGGACACGUCAACGACUGGCCGGUCUAGCUGGCACUCGCUCACCGACCCCAGCCCACUCACAUCCCAGACGCCCACCAACACAGCCGACCUGGUGGCGACGAUCCUCUCGGCCAAUCCACCGGGCAUUGGGCAGAAUGCCGGGUGGCCUGGCGAGACCGAGGGGUUGGGGAAGGGGGGGAAGCCGCCAUUGCAUAUGUGAGGGCAGAGCGAGGGGGACGGGGAGGGGGGUGGCAUAGAUAGAAGCAGUUGAAUCGCUAUUAUGUGUUUUUCGGUCUGCAUCGAUUGCUUGUGAAGGUGUUGGUGCGUGUGUGUGUACAGCGAGGACGUCUGGAUUCAAGUAGUGUUUGUGAGGACGGACAGGUGUGCCAACCGGAUCGUGUACCCUCCAUCCCGCACACCGCAGUGCGAUAUCCUAUUGACUGACGUACAAAGCUGC